AUGGCCGCUUUCUGCUCUGCUAAGGACAAAAAACCACCAGACACCAAGGUAACUGCAUUUAUACUCAUGGCCACUGCACAUUGAUAUAAGUACAGUUGAAUAAUGUUAGUGCGUUUUGGAAAAAAUAGAGAUAAAAAACUUUAAACACAAACUAAACUGGGGUGGUAUAAUUACUUGUAAAACUCAGAAAAAAAUCAAUCAGUGUUUUGAAAACGUGGUAGAAAUGUAUAUCCUCUUUGGUGAAAAAAUGAAUUUCUUUUAUCACAAUUAACUAUUUCAUGAAAGAAAUCCAACUUCAAACUUGCAAAAUUAAAGAACUACUUCCUAAACCUAAAAUUGGCAAGAGCUAAAGGCAUUUUGUCACUGACUUUUCUCUUUUUGACAGCACGUUUCAUCUUGUCCAUCUUGUAAUGGCGGACAAACCGGGAUGUGGACAUACAUGACAUGCGUCCCAGGAGCCCCUGGAGCACCUGGUCGUGAUGGAACCAAAGGAGACCUGGGCAGCCCGGGGAAAACUGGGACCCAGGGACCACGUGGUGCUGAUGGAAAGAAAGGAUCAAAGGGAGAGCGUGGGAUCCAGGGUUCCGCCGGACAAAAAGGAGAGCGAGGGAACAAAGGCGACAGUGGAACCCCACGACUGGCUUCACACAUGAACUGGAAGGAGUGUGCUUGGAAGAAGGGAGACGGCAAAGAUUCAGGACUGCUAUUUGUAAGAGAGCAAUACCCUUAUGUAACCAGAAAAAAAAUAUUGUUAAAUUUCUCAAAACCAAGAAUUCAUCAGAGUAUAAUUGACUUUCAUAGUGCCAUAGAUGACAUAAAGUUUAAAUAUUUUAUCAUUAUUUUUUCUUUCAGAGCUGUAACUUUGUGAAGAAAUACCCGGACACCGCCCUCCACGUCUACUAUGCUGGUAACCUCAGGAUUUACGGAUGUGACAACUGCUGUAGUCGCUGGUAUUUUACCUUCAAUGGAGCCGAGUGCAAGUCUCCUGGAACUAUUGAUGGUGCAUUCUACUUAUACAGGUUGGGCCUAAAGUUAAAUCCUCAUCAUCACCGCCACAUUGAAGGUCACUGUAAUAAUAUCCAGAAAGGAAAGGUACGAGUGGGAUUCUGGGUUGGAAAGUGCGUCACAGGGCAUAAGCUUAUUGACGCCCACACUGGUUGGCAUUCAAUGAAUCGUGUCUUCAUUGAAGAAGUACCAAAAGCCCAGCAGUAA